GUGAGCUGCGUGUACGGUUUUCUCUUUGAAUUCAGGGUGUGGGCGAGGGCCAGGAGACUUUUGAAAUGUCCAACUUGAGAAAGUAAAAGAUCUCGGUGUGGGGCGGAGAAAAAAUGGCCCAAGCUCCUCUGUGGACACUUGAGCCCCUUUAUCCGCUCGGCGGUGUCAUUGGAUUCCGGUGAGCUAAUACGUAUAGUCCGUAUUACCUACCUCCGUAGAAGCACACAAAGAAUGAUUUCUUCAUAGAAAGAAGAGGUCCCAGAAUGAAAUUUCUCCCAACAUUUCUCCUAUUUAUCACCGCCGAUUCGUGGUCAAGUUGUGCUACCGUCGAGUUUGAGGACAUGUCCGUGGACCACUGGGAACUGCUGAUCGGCGCAAAUUCAAAGGAACUACAUUACGACUUUUGCAAGUAUAACGCGACAAGUAAUGGAAGACAGUGCAAAAGUUUUCCAAAGAUCGCCUCAAUAGACAUUAGAAAGGUGUGCCACUGCUCCGUCCAACACAACGAAACCGAAGCUGGCUCCUUCAUUUUCAGCAUCAUCUGCAACAGCAAUUCAAGUUGGUGCCCCAAGAAUCUAAUCCUUCAAUACCAGCAAGGCUCCAUUGAGAAACCAUCAGCGGCCAAAGAAAUUUCAGGAACUUCCAUCAUUUUGGUCCUGUCCCUUACAGCCAACGUUUGUUUGGUCAUUUUAGUUGGAGUGUUGGUCAAGUGCCGAGACCGAGUGCAUUCUUAUUGCACGCAGAAGUGGCGGCAAUACGUCAACAGGUCUCAAAAUGAACCAAACCACGAAGCAACUGAAGAGGCGGUCGCUUUCCAGGAUGCAAGUCCUUCUUUCGUCCAACCACCUCACACUUAAAAUAUUGGUAUAUUUUGACCUGAUUACUGAGGCACGAGAAAAAUCACACGUUGUCACGAGUUUUGGGAGGCCCCCGUUUAAACAUAAUUUUUAUUUUUAUUUGAUCUAUUUUGACUGGAAAUUUGCAUAUCUUGAUUAUUCAACGUCGGGAGCCACGCGAGGCCACAAGCCGAGAAUAAGCAGGAUAUGCAGCGGUUAUCAAUCUAGGUAAUUUUCUAUGAGCUUUAAGGCAGUUAAAGGGUGCUCCUCAGCGAACCCUGAAGUAUAUGCCGGCAUUGUGUGGUUCUAGUAUUUCUAGGACACGUGAAAUUCACGUACUUGCGGAAGAGUUGAUUCAUAAUUAUAUAAGGUGAUAAUCACAUAAAUAACAAUUUAAUUAUAGUCAGCAAGCAUUUUGUUCUUGACAAAACGGUUUUAGGGUACAUUUUUAAGACUUAGCUACUAGCGCCACUUACAAUGAGUAUAAACACAUAAUUCCCACUUGAUCUCGACUUUCAUUGUAUACGUUUUUCAAAGCCGUUUUAAAGAAUUAGGCUGUAAAUCUUGGAUUUUUUUCUAAUUUAACCACACCUAAUUCCAAAAAUACGGUAUUUUACAAAUGAUACAUGAUAGGUUUUAGUAAUAUUUGCUAAAGCUUCUUUUUAUAAUUAAACGGGCGUAUUUUACCCGCUUUUAUUAUAAAUUCUGAUGUUUGAUUGCUAUUUCUUUACAAAAGCGUGUGAGAAUGUUGAGGAUUUCCAAAUACUUAAUUGAGCUAUCACAAAGAACAACAUUAUUUUCCUGUUUUGACAUCCCACCUUUUACUUAUAUAUGUAUACAGAAAUAAAUUUAAGAUGUAUACAAAUGCAUCAAAUAUUGUUACUAAUUUAUUCACAAAAAUACAAGGGUUUUCUCCCCAUCUGAUUUU